AUCCUGAAGGGUAUAAAAUGAACAGAGUCUGGGUCAUCAUAGCAUCAACUCGCCAAUGCAAAGUAAGCAUGAAUGCUAUCAUCCUGCUCUCCAUGCUUUUUGCUCUUGCAUAUGGGCAAGCAGCAUCUUUUUGUAUUCCAACUGAAUAUACAAUGUUCGUGGAUAGGAGAGAGUGUGCCUAUUGCCUAACCAUCAACACCACCAUCUGUGCCGGGUAUUGUAUGACACGGGAUAUCAAUGGCAAGCUGUUUCUCCCCAAAUCUGUACUCUCCCAGGAUGUUUGUACAUACAGAGACUUCAUCUACAGAACUGUGGAAAUACCAGGAUGCCCACACCAUGUUGCUCCUUAUUUCUCCUACCCUGUUGCUAUAAGCUGCAAAUGUGGCAAGUGUAAUACUGAUUAUAGUGACUGUAUACACGAGGCUGUCAAGACCAACUAUUGCACCAAGCCACAGACAUUCUAUCUGGGGGGAUUUUCAGUCUAACUUUAACAGCAUUGCCACUUGCAAUCUGGUUAAAUGUGUUUACCUGGAAUAGAACCAAUAAAAUACCAUUGAUAC